GUCUGCACAGCACGUAUUACGUCCUCAAGCGGGCAGGUUUGUGACGUCAUAAGAGUUUGGCAGUGUGCUGUGGCCGUAUAUCGGACCGUGUUUGCAGGGCUGCGUACUGUCAGUAAAAAAGGAACAUAUCCAAUGAUUACCUUCGAUAUACUUUGUAUCAUAUUUAAAGUGCACUUGGCUCAAAUCUAUCGCGUGGCGAUGAAGCCUAGCCUGCGUAGUGAAUCUGUGUAGGAUCAGUGCGUGUACCACUAUUGUGUUUACGAAAACACUAAUUGUAAGGCAACACCGCAAGGCGAGAAAUGUAAGUGUAAAUCUAUCCAGCGUAGAUGUAAAUAAAGAAAAAAAUGCCGCUAGGAGUGAAGCCGAAGUGCACAAAAUGCGAAAGUACAGACAGUAUUUUAUGGCACAGUACGGAUGCCGGUAAUAUCUGUAAUAAUUGUUCCGAAUCUGACCGUUGUGGGAAUGCAAUUGACGAUGAUGACAAAGCUAGCAAUAAUUCAUCGAACAAUGUCAAUGCCACUGUGAAAAAUGAGUCGAAUGACACUAAACUGCAGCCUCGGAAAAGCACGAGAGUGACAAGGUACCUCAAAAGCAAACCCGUUACACAGCUGAAAGUUUUGCCUAAGGGUAAAGGACGCCGACAUAUUUUUAAAAAGACACCAAUCAAAGCUCCUGCAGCUGUUGCGACGCCAGUCACCAGUGACUACGUCUUUUAUAAAGGUUCUUACAUUCAAGUUGGAGAUAUAGUGUCCAUGCAAGACAUUGAUGGCGGUAUUUACUACGCUCAGAUACGAGGGCUGCUGACGGAUCAAUAUUGUGAGAAAAGCGCAGCAGUGACUUGGCUGAUCCCAACAACUGCUAGCCCUCCGCCAGAACAUGGAUUUUAUCCCGAGACGUACCUAAUCGGACCUGAGGAGGACUUGCCAAGAAAACUGGAGUGCAUGGAAUUCGUGAUGCAUGCACCAUCCGAUUACUACAAAUUGAAAAAUUCUCCGUAUCCGCCACCGUUGACGGAGACCGGGGCUGGUUUUGUAUGGACAUCUUUGAAACACGAAAUCAGUGUCCGUAAAAAGCCAAGGAAACAUACUGACAAGCUUGAGCAGAAUCCGUGAUUCAGAGGCUUAGUAUUCUUGUUAGAACCGAAAGAAAGAAACGUCUCAUUUUUAUCCUUGAUAACGAUGGAACGCAGAGCAAGAAACCUGGUUUGACACCGCUGGGAGCAUCCGGGCAUUUUCAUCUGUUUGGCCAGUGGAAAGAGACGCCGUUAACUGGACAGAGGAAACAACCUCAGCUGAAGGACUAUCUAGUCAACUAGGCAAAAGCGAUGUAACCGCCGGUCAGAACUUGAGGUCCUUUAUUGCCUGUGGCAGGUCGGGUAGUUUCAUGUCUUUUAACUGCUGCGGUAUAUUCAUAUUUUUCACUGCUGAUACAGCCCGAGCUGGAGCUGCCGUUAUU